CUGGCCGAGUUCCUCUACCCGGCGCUGCAGGCCUACGACUUCCUCCACCUCCACCAGCACCACGGCUGCCGCAUCCAGCUGGGGGGCGCCGACCAGAUGGGCAACAUCAUGUCCGGCUACGAGCUCGUCACCAAGAUGACAGGAACAGAUGUGUUUGGAAUUACUGUACCUCUUAUUACCAGUACUACUGGAGAUAAACUGGGAAAGACUGCUGGCAAUGCAGUUUGGCUAAACAGGGAUAAGACUUCUCCAUUUGAGCUGUAUCAGUUUUUUGUCAGACAACAAGAUAACAUAGUUGAAAAAUACCUGAAACUCUUCACCUUCCUUCCUCUUGAGGAGAUUGACCACAUCAUGGAAAUGCACGCUAAAGAACCUGAAAAAUGGGGCCCUCAGAAACGACUUGCUGCAGAAGUAACCAAGCUUGUUCAUGGUAGAGAAGGGCUAGAAUCUGCUAAGAGGUGCACUAAGGCCCUUUAUUACAGCAGCGUGGAGGCACUGGAAGCUAUGUCUGACCAGGAGUUAGAGGAACUUUUUAGACAAGCUCCUUCAGCUGAAUUGAUGCUUGAACCCGGAAUGAAUGUUCUUGACUUGUGUCGCAAAGCAAAUGCCAUUCCAGAUGGACCUAGUGGGUACCAGAAAAUUACAAAUGGUGGAGUUUCAAUAAAUGGGAUUCGAGUAACUAAUCCUGAGGCUGUUCUUAUUCUCGGACAGCAUAUUCUCAAGAACGGAGUAUCAUUGCUUAGGAUUGGAAAGAAAAACUACUACAUUAUAAAAUGGCUUCAGUUGUGACAACAGAGUAUCUCUUGAAAACAACAGAUCAUUUUGACUCUGUUGCUCGAAGAUGUACUUGAAGAUGUUUCUAUACUGUGCAUUACUACGCAGCUCACAAACUGCCCAAUACUACAGUUUCAUUUUCAAAAUACACCAACAGAGUUCAAAUAAAGGCAGCUAA